CGGUUACGUCACCGGAAGCCCGCGCAGUCCCCGGCGUGCGGGGUCAGGGUUCACCGCGCGCGUCUCUCGGCCCGGCGUUCAGUGACGGCUGCGAAGGAGCUCCUCGAUCGGCCUCUCCUUUGAAACAACAACAACAACAGCAGCAGCAGCAACAACAACACAUUUAUUUGUUUGUUCGUAGCCGUCCGUUGAUCGGUCCGCCAGUUUCUCACGGGUCCCACUCGGCGGUGAGCUCCGACCAUGGCUUUCGCUUACCCGGUUGCGUUCCGAGACGACACGGCGGUGAACGUCUAUCAUGGGACCCCAGUGCCUGACCCCUACGUCUGGCUGGAAGACCCGGAUAGUGCCAAGACAAAGGCGUUCAUCGACGCCCAGAAUGCGAUCACGACGCCGUACAUCGAGGGCACGCCCGUGCGCGAGAAGUUCAGCACCCGCAUGACGGAGCUCUACGACUACCCCAAGUACAGCUGCCCCUUCAAGCGUGGAAACAGGUAUUACUACUACCACAACACGGGGCUGCAGAACCAGAGCGUGAUGUACGUGCAGGAGACGCUGGGCGGCGAGAGCUCCGUCUUCCUCGACCCCAACUCCCUCUCCGCAGAUGGCACCGUCGCCCUGCAGGGUGCCGCGUUCUCCGAGUGCGGCUCCCUGUUCGCCUACGGCCUGAGCAGCGCCGGCUCCGACUGGGUGACGGUGAAGUUCCUGCGGGCCGGCACGGGCGAGCCGCUGGCCGACUCGCUGUCGCGCGUCAAGUUCACCUGCCUUGCCUGGACGCACGACGCGCGCGGCCUCUUCUACAACCAGUACCCCGAGAGCGACGGCCUCGGAGACGGCACUGAAACUAGUUGCAAUCUGAACCAGAAGCUGUACUAUCAUGUGAUCGGAACCGACCAAUCACAGGACAUCCUGUGCGCCGAAUUUCCGGACAAUCCAAAGUGGAUGGGAGGAGCCAAGGUGUCGCACGACGGGCGCUACGUGCUGCUGUCGAUCCGUGAGGGCUGCGACCCCGUGAACCGACUCUGGUACUGCGACCUCCAGGAGCUCACUGGCGGCAUCACCGGCCUGCUGCCGUGGGUGAAGCUGAUUGACAACUUCGACGCGGAGUACGAGUACGUGACGAGCGAGGGCUCCGUGGUCACCUUCCGCACCAACCUGGAGGCGCCGCGCUACAAACUCAUCACCGUCGACCUGGCCGACGCCGCCCCCGACCGCUGGGGUGCCCUCGUGGACCAGCACGAGCGCGACGUGCUGGACUGGGCGGUGUGCGUGCGGGGCGACGUGCUGGUGCUGUGCUGGCUGCGCGACGUGGCGGGCGUGCUGGAGGCGCGUUCGGCGCGCGACGGCUCCCUGCUGGGGCCCUUCCCGCUGCCGCUCGGCUCCGUGCUGGGCUUCAGCGGCCGCAAGAACCAGACGGAGAUCUUCUACCAGCACUCGUCCUUCCUGACGCCCGGUGUGAUCUACAGGUGCGACCUCACCGAGGAGCCCUUCUCGCCAGAAGUUUAUCGGACGACCAGCGUCAAGGGCUUCCGGCCCAGCGACUACGAGACCACACAGGUGUUCUACACCAGCAAGGAUGGAAGCCGGAUCCCCAUGUUCCUGGUGCACAAGAAGGGGAUUGUGCUGGACGGCUCUCACCCCACGCUGCUCUACGGAUACGGAGGCUUCAACAUCUCCAUCACGCCCACCUACAGUGUGUCCAGGUUGAUCUUCAUCCACCAUCUGGGCGGGGUGCUGGCCGUCGCUAAUCUACGGGGAGGGGGAGAGUACGGGGAGGAAUGGCACAGAGCUGGGAUGCUGAGCAGGAAGCAGAAUGUGUUUGACGACUUCGUGUCGGCGGCCGAGUUCCUGAUCGCAGAGAAAUACACGCGACCGGACAAACUCGUCAUCCAGGGCGCGUCCAACGGCGGCCUGCUCGUGGCGGCGUGCGUGAACCAGCGGCCCGAGCUGUUUGGUUGCGCGCUGGCCGAGGUGGGGGUGAUGGACAUGCUCAAGUUCCACACCUUCACCAUCGGGCACGCGUGGACCACCGAGUACGGCAGCGCCGACGACCGUGAGCAGUUCCAGUGGCUCAUCAAGUACUCCCCGCUCCACAACGUGCGAGCGGGCGUGCGCUACCCGGCCAUGCUGCUGCUGACGGCCGACCACGACGACCGCGUGUCCCCCCUGCACUCGCUCAAGCUGCUCGCGACGCUGCAGGCCGCCGCCGCCGCCACCGCCGCCGACGCCGCCGACGCCGCCGGCGGCGGCGCCGGGCGGGCGGCGCAGCCCAUCCUGCUGCGGUGCGACACCAAGGCCGGCCACGGCUCGGGGAAGCCCACGGCCAAAGUGAUCGCGGAGGCGGCCGACGCGUUCUCGUUCGCGGCGCGGGCGCUCGGCCUGAGCUGGCGCGAGUGACGGUGCUGGCGGUGAUGAUGGCGGCGGUGGGAGAGGAACGGAGACGAGGAGGAGGAGGAGGAGGAGGAGGGGGGGGGUAGAGCGGAGGUCGGAGGAGGAGAUGGAGAGGGGUUGAUGGGACAGUGGUGCUGUCGGGGACGCGUGGAGAACCACAAACUCGUGACCGAACCACAGUCCCAAACCCUCCCUGCCGCCCCCCCCCCAGCCCCGCACCCCCCGCACCCCCCCUACCCCUCCCCCGGCCCCCCCCCCCCCCAGUCGCAGCCAAUUCCGUUUGCGAAACCAGUGCCCCGCGCGGAGUCCAUCGGCCUGGCAGCUCCCGCCGUGCGUCAUACCGUGCGUCACACUGCGUGUCACACCGUGCGUCACACUGUGUAACACGAUGCGUCACACCGCCGUUUCACACUGCGCCACACCACGUGUCACACCGCGCGUCACACCACGUGUCACACCGCGCGUCACGCCAUGUGUCACACCGCGCGUCACGCCAUGUGUCACACCGCGCGUGGACGUGGGGGGAGGAGGGCUACGAUUCCCUGGGGAGGCCUGUGGCCCAGCGGCCCAGCUCCCAAGCGCCCCAGCGGCCCCGUGUUUCGGUGGCCCCACGGCCCCGUGACCCAGCGGCCCAGCGGCCCCGUGGCGGGCGGGCGGCCGGUGCGGAGCGCGAUCGGCGGGCGGCUCGCACGCUGACGCCCAAUUCAGUUUUGCCAAUUUUACCGUAAAAACGGUGGCCGUGGCGGGGGAUGGGGGGGUUGGAGUUGUAGUGUCGUCGCUGUCAAUUUAUCGAACAAAAUUGAGUUUACUACAACAACUAAUAAUAAUAAUAAUUGUCCUCGUAACAACUUGGG